CACUAGGCAGGCAGUCAAGAGUUGGCGAGAGUCCGAACAGACAGCGCUACAAGGAGAACGCGUUCUUCGAGAAUUAAACUUUAUUUAUUUGCAAGGAAUUCUUGCCCUAGAUUUAGCUUAAAUAUGACGCACUUUUUCGAAAUAGUUUAUCUAGUCGUAGCAGUUAGUUUAAUUCACACUUUUGACUCCAUCGAGGCUGCCCGCAACAAUAAAUUUGUGACCUGUGGGUCCGUGCUCAAACUGCUCAACGUGGACUACCGGGUGAGGCUGCACUCGCACGAUGUCAAGUACGGAACCGGCUCCGGGCAGCAGUCGGUAACGGCCACCGAGGUUCAGGAGGAUGUCAACAGCCACUGGUCGGUGAUGGCAGCGACCGGGAAGUUUUGCGAGCGAGGCCAACCGAUCAAGUGCGGCGACACCAUCCGGCUGCACCACCUGUCGACGAACAAGAACCUACACUCGCACCACUUCCAGAGUCCGCUGUCCGGCAACCAGGAGAUCUCCGCCUACGGGGACGACAAGGGCAUCGGUGAUUCCGGCGAUCACUGGCUGGUGGUGUGCUCGGGCGAUUCCUGGCUGCGGGACACUCCGGUCAAGCUGCGCCACGUGGACACCGACGCGUACCUGUCGAUCUCGGGCCGCACCUUUGGCCGUCCCAUCAACGGCCAGUUCGAGGUGGUUGGCAUCAGCAAUCCCUACUCGGGAACCGACUGGACCGCGGCCGAGGGACUGUUUAUCCAUCCGGCGGAGGGCGAGAGUGGCGAGCCGCGUCACACGGAGCUGUAGAGACUGAGCCGAACUUGUAGAACAAAUUUCAGCGAUUUGAAACCAAAAGGAGUGGGGGCGAGAGUGAUGGCGGGGACACAAUUUGAAUAACAUUGUAGAGCUACUUGGAGAAGAA